AUGCUGAGGGAGGAUGCCAUCUCUGCCUUCGCCGUGGCCGCCCUGGUAUUACCAGGGUUACCCUACUACCUGGACUUGAUCCACUCCCUGUACGUCGGACCCUUCCUCAUCGGCUUGGCCAAGUUCGGCAUCGCCUUCCUAUCGUACCACACCUUCAACGGCAUCCGCCACUUGUGGUACAUCGGAAAAGGCUUCAAAAUCCCAGAGGUGUACCGCACCGGCUACACCGUCAUCGGUCUGUCCGUCCUCACCUCCAUAGCCAUUGCUCUCCUCUGAGGGGCACGUGGACUGGAUGCGCUGUGGGGAGCUUUGUGUAAAUGUUCUGUUGUGGCCUGCUGCAGGCUCGUUCCAUCAAAAUAUGAAAUAAAGAUUCUAUUAUGCCGUAUGCAGAUAACGUGUUGUGAUGUUUUGUCCCUGGGAAUUAAUUAAACUGUGCAAAGCUC